AUGCAGACCCAAACUAAACAAUACUCCGAUAUUCUAAACAUUCUUUUGUGCGAGUCAAAUUUACAAGGAAAAUACUUGAACACUUAUGAGUUAAAUGAUAAUAAAGCUAGUAGUUUACUUAGGGAAACGCGCGCUGAUUUGCAGCAAAUAACUGAAUUAGGCUACACUCCACAACUACGGAGAAACUUCGGAAUUUGGUCGUUAUUAGGUAUUGGAUUCAGCUUGACAAAUUGUUGGUUUGGAAUUUCAGCUUCAUUAGUUACUGGCAUAUCCUCAGGAGGACCUAUGCUUAUUGUUUAUGGACUAAUUAUCGUUGCAAUGGUUUCCAUGAGCAUUGGGAUUACAUUGUCAGAACUAGCUAGCGCCAUGCCCAAUGCAGGUGGUCAGUAUUACUGGACUAUGAAAUUAGCACCUGCAAAGUAUGCUCUGUUUGCUGCUUAUUUCUGUGGGGCGUUUGCUUGGGCUGGUUCCGUUUUUACGUCUAUAUCACUUUCUAUUGCGACAAGCUUGGUGGGGAUGUAUGUUUUAGGUUCUGGGAACACCAGUACAGAACCUAAAACUUGGCAGGUUUUCAUAACUUAUGAAGUAGUUAACUUCUUUUUAGCGUUUUGCAACUUUUGGGAUGCACCCUUGCCGUCUUUAUCUAAGGGCGCGCUAUAUGUCUCUUUGUUAUCAUUCAUAGUGAUCACUAUAACUGUAUUAUCCAAAGCAAGUGGCGAAUUUCAAUCUGCAGAAUUCGUAUUUUCUACUUUUGAUAACAAUACAGGAUGGACAUCAUCUGUUGUUGCAUUCUUAGUUGGUUUAAUAAACCCCACAUGGCUGUUUAAUGGAUUGGAUUGCGCUUGUCAUUUGGCUGAAGAAGUAGUAGCACCAGAAAAAGAUAUUCCGAUAGCCAUAAUUGGCACUAUUAUAAUUGGAUUCCUCACAUCUUUUAUUUACUCUAUAGCUAUGUUUUUCUCAAUCACAAAUUUGGAAUCUAUUUUUGAAUCAAACACAGGUGUUCCCAUAUUAGACAUAUUCUUCCAAGUAUUAAAGUCAAGGGCAGGGGCAAUUGUUUUACAAACACUCAUCGUUUUGACUGCAAUUGGCUGUAACAUAACAAGUCAUACUUGGCAAGCUAGGUUGUGCUGGUCAUUUUCAAGAGAUAACGGUUUGCCAGGAUCUAGAUACUGGUCAAAAGUUAACCCAAAAUUAGGUGUUCCAAUUAAUGCGCAUAUUAUGUCGUGUUGUUGGGUUGCUGUAAUCGGAUGUAUCUACAUGGGAUCAACGACAGCAUAUAAUGCCUUGGUUACAGCAUGCGUUAUAUUUUUGUUGUUAUCAUACGUAAUUCCAACUAUAUUUUUACUAAUUAAGGGUAGGAAUAGUAUAUCUCAAGGCCCAUUCUGGUUCGGCAACUUUGGUUUUGUCUGUAACUGCAUAUUGAUUAUUUGGACCAUUUUUGCAUUCGUUUUCUUUAGUUUUCCUCCAAUUAUGCCAGUUACAGCAGCCAAUAUGAACUACGUUAGUGUAGUCAUUGUUUUAUUUAGUAUGUAUGCAGUGAUAUACUGGUAUGCCAGAGGUAAAUACUACUUUAACGCUGUUGGAGAGACAGAUAAGUUCAUUAGAGCCAGUAUUACCCAGCAGUUAUCUAAUCAGGCAGAACAGUUGGAAAUGAUAUUAUCACAUUCUACAGCCCCUUAA